AUGACGACGAUCCAUCCGCGCCCAGUCACGACAAUCCUUCCAAGUGUCGUGCUGCACGCCAUUCUUCGGGCAACAAGCCACGGAGCUGAUGUCUUUGCCAUCCUUGAAGCACUGCCCGUCGCAACGCUCCUACCCGAGUUCGUCGCGCUUUGGGAGCUUGGUGCCGGCGUCAACCUCGCCGACCACUGGCCGAUCGUGCACAUCACCAGAUUCCGAUCGAGCUCGCUCACCUCGGGUGUCUACGUGGACGCUGGCUUUACGUCGCUGACGUGGCUCGACGUGACGCUUCCGCCCAACAUGUCUGUGACGCUGGUCGUCGACCCCACGGUGCCCGGCCCGCUCUGCGCCUUUGCGUGCAACUGGGGCGACUGCAUCACAGAGGUCAUCGUCAAGGGCCGCGCGGUCCGACCCGAUCCGAUCCCCGACAUCUUGUCGCGCUGCGUCAACGUCCGAGCUGUGGCGAUCGAGUGCGCCGCGACCCCAGUGGCGGCAGCUGCGUAUUUGGCGGCGAUACCGACCACGCAUUUGCAUACGCUCCGCGUCUGUGUCGUGUCGACAGACGCCUUGGACGCGAGUGGCAUCGUCGCAUGGCUUCAAGGGCCGAACGCGACGUCGCUCAGUCUCUCGUGUGCCUCCGUGCGCGACCCGGUGGCACUCGCCAGCGCGAUUCAAGACUGCGCGACGCUGUCGUCCUUGGCACUGGGCAAUGCCUUGAACGUUCAAGUCACUCUCGCGACGUCACCACAGGGCUUGUGCCACGUCACGGCGCUCGCGUUGAGCCAAGGAUCCAAGUCGUACACCAUCAACGUCCUUUCCCAGCUGAAUGUCGUGUCUUUUGCUCUCCAGAACCACCAUCGACGCGCGCUUCCGGUGCCCGAUGUGAUGAGCAUCCUUGCCAUGUCGAUGGCGCUGGAGACUCUAAACCUUGUCAACUGGACUCUGCCUGCGGGCACUGUGACCGGUGCGUGUCCUCGGCUUGCCACCGCCACGCUCCGUCGCAUGAAAUUCAAGCAUGCGGCGACCGUUCCCCAGAUCAUCCAGUGGCUCUCGACCUCCCACCGCCUCGCUUUUGUGUCGCUCUGUGACACGGUGCUUGACCACGACGGUGUCUUGGAGCUUGCGCGGGCUCUCCCCGUCUGGAUGGCGUCUGGCCUCGCGUCGCUGCGACUCGACGGGACAGGGCUCACGGACGACGACGCAAUCGUUCUGGCAAUCGCGCUCGCCUCCAAGCGCAACCGCCGCCCGCUGACGAUCGACAUGACGGCCAACCAGCUCUCGGUUGCGUCGGCACCUGUGCUGCUGACGGCACUGGGUGCGUGCUGCGACGUCACGCUGCAUUUGGGUCACCCGUUUGCGCUGAACGGUACCGGGGAAUACGAUUCUUUGGAUGAAAGCGACGACGAGGGCGAGCAAACGAUUCAACACCUUGUACAUGUGCACCGCCUGCGGUACCGCGCGUCGGGUAUUUACGUGUCGCCUUCGCAGACGUCGUCGCCGUGGCAUGCCCUUUAA